ACCACCACCAUGUUUCUUCAUUCAGUCAACCUCGGGAACCUGGCCUUUUAUGUCUUCAUGAUCUUUCUGGCCACCCUGGGGCUGUGGGAUGUCUUCUUCGGCUUCGAGGAGAACAAGUGCAGUAUGAGCUACAUGUUUGAGUACCCCGAGUACCAGAAAAUAGAACUUCCAAAAAAACUGGCAAAACGCUAUCCAGCAUAUGAGUUAUAUCUUUAUGGAGAAGGAUCCUAUGCUGAAGAACACAAAAUUCUCCCUUUGACAGGAAUUCCAGUUCUUUUUCUUCCUGGUAAUGCUGGAAGUUACAAGCAAGUUCGUUCUAUUGGUUCUAUUGCGCUUAGGAAAGCAGAAGACAUUGACUUCAAGUACCACUUUGACUUCUUUAGUGUGAACUUCAAUGAAGAAUUGGUGGCGUUGUAUGGUGGAAGUCUUCAGAAACAGACUAAGUUUGUGCAUGAAUGCAUUAAGACAAUUCUCAAACUCUACAAGGGUCAAGAAUUUGCUCCAAAAAGUGUGGCAAUAAUUGGUCAUUCUAUGGGUGGCCUUGUUGCAAGAGCAUUGCUUACAUUGAAAAAUUUUAAACAGGAUCUCAUAAAUCUGCUUAUUACACAAGCCACACCUCAUGUUGCUCCUGUGAUGCCAUUGGAUCGUUUUAUUACAGAUUUUUAUCUGACUGUGAACAAUUACUGGAUUCUAAAUGCUCGGCACAUAAACCUGACAACCCUUUCUGUAGCUGGAGGAUUCCGGGAUUACCAAGUUCGUUCAGGACUGACUUUCCUACCAAAAUUAAGCCAUCAAACCAGUGCCUUAUCUGUCGUGAGUUCAGCAGUGCCUAAAACUUGGGUCUCAACAGAUCAUCUCUCCAUUGUGUGGUGUAAACAACUGCAAUUGACUACAGUUCGAGCAUUCUUUGACCUUAUUGAUGCUGAUACUAAACAAAUAACUCAGAAUUCCAAGAAGAAAUUGUCUGUUUUGAAUCACCACUUUAUAAGACACCCAGCAAAACAUUUUGAGGAAAAUCCAGCAAUAAUUUCUGACUUGACAGGGACAUCUAUGUGGGUUCCAGUAAAAGUGUCCAGAUGGACCUAUGUGGCUUACAAUGAAUCUGAUAAGAUAUACUUUACAUUUCCUCUUGAAAAUCAUAGAAAAACCUACACUCAUGUCUACUGUCAGAGCACCAUGCUGGAUACAAAUAGUUGGAUUUUUGGCUGCAUAAACAGCACUUCCAUGUGCCGACAAGGGGUUGACUUAUCAUGGAAAGCUGAACUGUUGCCAACAAUUAAGUUUCUGAUGUUAAGACUUCAAGAUUAUCCAUCUCUGUCUCACCUUGUUGUUUAUGUGCCUUCUAUUCAUGGAAGUAAGUUUGUUGUAGACUGUGAAUUCUUUAAAAAAGAGACAAGAUCCAUACAACUUCCUGUAACUCAUCUUUUUUCCUUUGGAUUAUCUUCAAGGAAAGUGAUAUUAAAUACAAGUGGCCUGUACUACAAUAUAGAGCUUCUGAACUUUGGGCAGAUAUACCAAGCUUUUAAAAUCAAUGUGGUAAGCAGGUGCUCCGGAGUCAAAGAUGAAAUUACUAGUAUCUACAAACUUCAUAUUCCCUGGUCUUACGAAGAUUCACUUACCAUUGCACAGGUUCCAUCCACCACGGAAAUUUCUGUGAAACUUCAUAUUGCUCAACCAGAAAAUGACAGCCAUGUGGCAUUAUUAAAAAUGUACACAUCAUCAGACUGUCAGUAUGAGGUAACAGUUAAGACUUCCUUCUCACAAAUACUCGGACAGGUAGUUAGAUUUCAUGGUGGAGCUCUUCCUGCUUAUGUUAUAUCUAGUAUUCUUCUUGCUUAUGGAGGACAGUUAUACUCUCUUUUCUCAACAGGUUAUUGCUUAGAAUAUGCUACUAUAUUGGAUAAAGAAGCCAAACCAUACAAAGUUGAUCCUUUUGUAAUUAUGAUUAAAUUUUUAUUGGGGUAUAAAUGGUUUAAGGAAUUAUGGGACACAUUAUUAUUACCAGAACUGGAUGCUAUUGUUUUAACCAGUCAGAGUAUGUGCUUCCCCCUUGUGUCUUUGAUUCUCUUUCUAUUUGGAACAUGUACUGCUUACUGGAGUGGACUGGUCUCUUCUGCAUCUGUGAGACUCCUUUCUUCAUUAUGGCUAGCUUUGAGAAGACCCUCUGAACUUCCUAAAGAUAUCAAGGUGAUAUCACCAGACUUCCCCUUUUUGACAGUUAUUUUGACUAUAGUUAGUUGGACAACAUGUGGAGCACUCGCCAUACUUCUUUCUUAUCUUUACUAUGUGUUUAAGAUUGUUCAUCUGCAAGCCAACCUAACAACUUUAAGAAAUAACCAGCCUAUGAAUCCCAAACACUCUAGAAGAAGUGAAAAAAAAUCCAAUCACCAUAAAGACUCUUCAGUACACCAUCUUCGUUUAUCUGCUAAUGAUGCUGAAGAUAGUCUUCGCAUGCACAGUACAGUGAUUAAUUUGUUAACCUGGAUCGUACUGCUCAGCAUGCCAUCUUUAAUUUAUUGGUUAAAGAACCUUAGAUAUUAUUUUAAACUUAGCCCUGAUCCAUGUAAACCUUUGGCAUUUAUCCUUAUUCCAACUAUGGCAAUUCUUGGGAAUACUUACACAGUUUCAAUAAAGUCAAGUAAAUUGUUGAAGACUGCCUCCCAGUUCCCACUUCCUCUGGCUAUUGGGGUGAUUGCUUUUGGUUCAGCACAUUUAUACAGGGUUCCAUGCUUUGUCUUCAUUCCUCUUUUACUGCAUGCAUUAUGCAACUUUAUGUAAGGUUGAACUUAAGGAAUGACAAGGAUGAUUUAUGCUUUUAGGCCAGUAAAUCACCGAUCCACCAACAUGGACAGCAAGGUCCUUUGGAGAAGACAAGUCUAUUUUUACAAGUACUGAAAAUAGGAAAUUAGUUUUGUAAUGCUACAGGAAAGUAUCUGAAGCAUGGUUUUGUUUUGUUCUGUACUAGUCACUUUUGACAAAAAUUGGUGAACAAAUAUGGUGGCCACUGUCCUUGAGGACUCCUGUGCAUAUCAAGUAGUCUGAUUCAUCCGCCAGGGAUCUCCUGGAGACUUGGUAGACACAGCAUUAUUUGUUGUCUUAUGCAAAGCAUUUUUGUUUGAUCCAAUUUUCUCCUGAAAAAUUGAUUGUUUGACAUUUCCUAUUUUCCAGAAAAACAAGUCUUAAAAAGAUUGAUGGAAUUCAACACUGUUUGGUUUCUCAAAAGUGAAAUAGCCAUAGGCAGCCUUUGGUCAGGUUUUGGCAGCCAUGAUGAACAGUGGUAGAUCUUAUUCUAUGGAAAUAGAGCCUUGAAUUAUAAGGAGAAAUCUUACUAGUAAGA